AUGUCGGCCCUGUUUGGCGAUAUGGAUCUGGUAGGUAGUGAUGGUGUUAAUGGUAGGGUCAACAUUAGAUCGGGUAUUACUGUCGGCUAUGUUCCGCAACAGGCCUGGAUCCUGAACAGUACGGUCAAAGAUAAUAUACUGUUUGGUAGACCAAUGGUCCGGGAACUGUACGAUCGGGUUCUGGACACGUGUGCACUCAGGCAGGACUUACUACAGCUGUCCGAUAGUGAUGAGACAGUGAUCGGCGAAAAAGGUGUUAAUCUGAGCGGUGGUCAAAAACAAAGAGUCAGUUUAGCCCGAGCUGUCUAUUCAGGUGCCGAUCUAUACCUACUCGACGAUCCAUUGUCUGCCGUGGACAGUCAUGUGGGCAAACAUAUUGCUAGAAAAGUACUCGACUCGAGAACCGGUAUUAUCGGCAAUAAAACCCGUUUAUUGAUAACAAAUCAAUUGUUUGUAUUACCCGAUGUCGAUCUGAUUGUUGUACUAAAAGACGCAACCAUAUUAGCCAACCAUCAUCAUCAUCAUCAUCGGGCUCAGGAAUCUCUACCCACUACUAUUAUUUGGCCAUUUUUAGCUCAUUCAUUGGCGGUAAUAUUAUUACAUCAUUGGCCAGCCGUUUGUUUCUAG